AUGUUGUGUGACUUUGAGUACUCAUGCAAUGAGUAUCGGGGCUGGGAUUUCGGUACUCUGUUCACCGAAUGGGGCGGAAAAGUGGGGGAAUUUAAUAGAGAUAUUCCCGACGAUGAGAUUAUUAGGCCAUUCAUUGAGUGGUAUAUCGAGGAAUCGAUUGGCGCAGAUAUGAUGUAUAAGCAGUACUUUCAAAGGAAGCACAAGUUUAUUGAAGACAAAGUGAUUAAUUAAUUAAAAAUAUAUCUUACAC